AUAGCAUCGGCUAUUCGAAUACCCCUUACAUCUAUUCUAUACAAAUGAUAUAAUCGAGAGUAGUACGGUGUGUUGGAUGACUCCGACCCGCAUGAUAUCAUCCACAAGGUCCUUCCGUCUCCCAACGCGGCAACGCUCGCUCUUCGUCGCCUUCACUUCCACUUCUCUUCUCUUCUCCUUCUUACUUCUCCCUCAGUCUUCUUGCACCCCUCUUUCCGUCCUUCUGUAUCCGCUCACCAGCUGUUUCCGCAGCAUAGAUUCACCCACCCCGUCAUGGCGCCUAGCAAUGAUACCCGGGGUUGGGUUAUGAGCACCGUCUCGGGCAUCGGUCAGUGAUUUCCUCUCUACUUGCCUCUUCGGGCCUCGAGAAUGAAGUCAAUCAGCCAAGAGGAUCGUGCAAUGCUAGGAAUGUGUCACUAAUGCGAAACCAUUCAACAACAGCCUGUGUCUUGGGUGCCUCCCUGGUAUGUGCGGAUGUGCUGUUACGCCGCUUCUCGCAUCAGAAGAAUUUUCAGAUCGUCAACAACAAUGGCUUCCUAUCGGCCUCUCUCUGCUUGAGCGCCGGAGUCCUGCUCUUUACCUCGCUCUACAGCAUGCUCCCCACCUCCAACAAAUAUCUGAUUCGAGCGGGGUUCUCCCCCUCCGCCGCCGCCUUCUUCCUGAUCGGCCUCUUCCUGGCCGGUGUUGUCAUCAUUCGCGUCCUGUCCGCCUUCCUUCAUAAAUACAUCCCCUCCCACGUCGUCGAUUGCGACCAUACCCAUGAGCCACACGCGAACGAGGAUCCCGGACACGGACAUGGCCACCACCCCCACCCCCACCCCCACACACACCACUCUUCCGAGCACACCCCCCUCCUCGCACCCGCGCACAAAUCGACCACCGGGGUCGUCGCACCGCCUCACGCGCACGAGGAGAUGCCUUCAAGAGCCUUCCGUCAGGAACCUUGGCGGAUGCGCCUGGUAAAACAAGUCCGCGGCCUCGUGGGUGGGGUCAAGGCCCACUGUGAUGAGGAUGGCCCGUGUUAUGGCUUUUCCCAGGCGUGCGGCCAUGAAUGCGCCAAAACGAUCCUGGAUCCCACGGCGGACGUCGAGAACGGCCGUCCGUCCGUGAUACACUCGCGCAGUCUUCCGGCGCGACCGGUCGCCGCCCCACUGGACGCUCACAACGCCGAGAUCCCCGCAUUGACCUGGGUGCCCCCGGAGCCCAGCUCGUCGGCCUCCUCCCAUAUCGGACUGGACGGCACAGCCGACCCGGACCUCGCCGCCAAGUCGACGGGCCCCGCGACCGCUCAGCAUCACCACCACGUUCCGCAAAACGCCUUUCUGUCCAUCGGCUUGCAGACCUCAAUAGCCAUUGCGCUUCACAAGCUACCGGAAGGCUUUAUCACCUACGCCACCAACCACGCCAGUCCGCAGCUCGGCGCAACGGUCUUCCUCGCCCUGUUCAUCCACAACAUCAGCGAAGGUUUCGCCAUGGCAUUGCCCCUCUAUCUGGCCCUCCAGUCCCGCGGCAAAGCCAUGUUCUGGUCCAGCCUCCUGGGUGGGAUCAGUCAGCCCGCGGGAGCCGGCUUGGCCGCCCUGUGGAUCUGGACCACCCAGCGAGCCGCGCCGGGGGAGUCUGCGCCGGACCCUUCCUGGGGCGUGUACGGGGGCAUGUUCGCCGCCACGGCCGGCGUCAUGACCUCAGUGGGCUUGCAGCUGUUCAGCGAGGGACUGGGACUGACCCACCACGGCGGAAUGUGCAUCGGGUUCGCGAUUGGUGGAAUGGGUUUGAUGGGAUUGAGUUUCGCCCUGACUGCAUGAGUAUUGUUAUCUUCUAGCGUUCGAUACGAUUUUCCUGCGAGGCCUUCCUCCGAACGACUAUAUUUAGCUUGCAUCGUACGCCGUGAACGUGAUCUGGCAUCCGGAAUGGCUUGCAUUUGGAGUUGGUUUACGGUCUGAUCUUGUAACGAGUGACGAAUGGUCUGGACAUACAGAUUUGCUUUCUUUCUUUCUUUUUUUCUUCAAGUUUGGGUUUGGAAUCAUUGCCUACUGGUGGGCAUAUCGGUUAUUAUACCACUAGUCAUA